AUGGUGACUGGCCUGUCUCUUAGCAUCCUCCCAAAGUGCACUCGAUUUAUUGUCGGGAUAAGCGUUAUAAAGGCUUUAAUUGCACUUACGGCUAGUGAAGUUGGGCCCGCAUGUGACGUGAGGUCAGGCUUGACGGGCCCACCAACUCUGAACUCGUCACUUGGCGUAGUCACCCAAAAUCCAACUUUCGGCUAUUCUACUCAAUACUCACCCUCUUCGAUCUUCCACAGUUUUAUACUCGAGAAUGUUUUUGAUUCCUCUAUAACCUACGCCUGUGAUAGAGCCGCUCGGUUUCAACAAUGUAAGUCGACCAAUGCCGUUAUCAAUCUCCACCUGCAAGAACAUUUCCAAAUAAAAAAAUGA